AUGGAAAAUAACGUAACGACAGAAAACACAACUCAAAAAACCCGUAAGAGUCGUACAAAGAAAUUAUUAACGGAAUUUGCUGAAAACACUACAGCUCAUGGCUUCGCCCAGAUACCAUUAACAAAAAGUACCUGGAUUAAGUUAUUUUGGUUGUUUGCAAUCAUUGCUUGCCAAAUAGGUUCUUUCUUUCAAAUGAAACCUUUAAUAUUGCGAUACAUAAAGAAACCUGUCAUCACAAAAGUGUACCAUACUACUAAUACUGUACUGCAGUUUCCCGUCGUUACCAUUUGCAAUAUGAAUCCUAUCAGAAAACAAGAGGCUGAUGCAUUAUUUAAUGGCAACUUUAAUGUACCUAAGGCAAGUGACGUAAAAAACAAUAUUACUGAGCCAUCAUUCUCCGCAAGUGUGCAAAUGUAUGAAAUUGCAACAGGAGAAGGAAUAAAUACAGAAAACAAACGUAUAAUACUUUCCAAUUUAAGUUACGAAUUAGGAAAUAAAAUUUUUAAGUAUGGACAUCAAUUUAAAGAUAUCGUUGAAAGUUGCACUUGGAUAUUUUAUUACGACUGCAUGAAUUCACGUUUCUGGAAACAAUAUUGGCAUUGGAAGUUUGGCAAUUGUUUUUCUUUUAACAGUGGUUAUACUCAAGAUAACACAAUUAUUCCUCCGUUGAUGAUUUCUGAAGCAAAUAUUCUUCGGCUGUUAAUGUUAAAGUUUAAUAUAAAUGUAGAAGAAUAUUAUUCGCCUCUGACAGAAGAUGCUGGCAUACUUCUUCAUGUUGGUGACCAGGAUAGCGCAAAAAGUUUAUCUGACGUCCACUAUCUAUCUCCUGGCUUUUCAUAUCUUAUUACCAUGGAAAAAUACAAAAGGAAAAGGGCUGAUCCGUUUAAAAAUAACACUUGCAUCAAGCACUAUGAAACUGAUUUGGGGAAACAACCAAACAAUGAUCAAAGAGUGAUCAAGAAAUACUCCAGACAAAUGUGCAUGGAAAUUUGCGCUACUGAAACUACAAUAAACAAGUGCAGCUGCUCGCCAUAUUGGAUGCCUUCCUUGAACAGCAGUAGGCGGUGUGGUUUCAAGGAUAAACAAUGCGUUUCUGCUGUAAACCAUGAGUUUAUAACCAACAACUUGACAUGUCUCAGUGCAUGCCGGUUACCUUGUGAAGAAACAAAGUAUGGUUUAAGCAUAUCAUCGGCCAAGUUUCAUUUGAAUGAAAAUGCAACGGUGGAAAAAAAUAAAUUGACAGCUUUAUUUUCUUUCAAAAAGCCUGAAACAGUUGUCAUGGAAGAUGAAGAACACUACAUGAUUGAGAAUUUAUUAAGCGACAUUGGUGGACAACUUGGGUUAUGGUCUGGCAUUUCAGUAUUGACUUUAGUUGAGGUAAUAUUUUUCCUUGCAUACAGUGUGCACAUUUUCACUGAAAGGAAAGUAAUAGAAAGCUAAUUCAACGGAAAGUAUGACAUCUUCAUGAUGACUAUAUAAUAACUAUCUUUUGUGUUAUAUGUUAUAACACAGAAUAUAGAUCAAAACAAAUUAAUGAUUUUUUAUAUCCUCUAAGAAUAUGCAAGUGAUUGGAAAGCACACGACGCUUAAGUUUGAGUCAAGUAUCACGCAUGUUUUAUUAUUCAGAACGGAAUAAUGCAAAGCUUUACAUACUCACAGAAAACAAAAUAACAGAAUCGAUCUGUGUUUAGACAUUCUUUCAUACUGCUAUGGUUGUAUAAUUGUAAUUUUAAUUCACCCAUCUUAAUUGUAAUUUCAAUUCACCCAUCUUUAAUAAUUUGCAUAAGUAUGCAGAAAACAUGUUGUCAUUUUUUAGCAGAAUAAGUUCCUGUUAAAGUUCUAAAAAAUUGCAAGUGCACGGGAAUGUGUGCUUAGUACAUGUAAACCAUGUCGCACAUCCGAGUGGAUUGCUUAAGUGCG